AGGCAGACUCUAGACUGGGGACAAAGAGAUAGUUGAGCCCCAGCUGGGGGUACAGACUGCACUGACAAUAAUGGAGGAACAAGAUUGAGACUUACUUUAACUGAGGAGCCCCCAAGAUAAAAGCUGGGAAACCUAAGGCACUUUGGCAGAGUGAGUGGGGAUUCAGCAUCUACAAAUCUGAAGGAUAAAAUAUGGCUCAAGCAGGUGGACAAAGGCGAUCCAACGCCAGGAUGGGCUCCUGGUCAGUGCUAGCGAGGAUACAAGCAAUACUGCAGAAGGAGAUGGUGCGGGAGUUCCUGGCUGAGUUCAUGAGCACAUACGUCAUGAUGGUGUUUGGCCUUGGUUCUGUAGCUCAUAUGGUUCUAGGAGGGAAAAACUUUGGGAGCUUCCUCAGCGUCAACUUGGGUUUUGGCUUUGGAGUCACCAUGGGAAUCCAUGUGGCAGGCAACAUCUCUGGGGCCCACAUGAAUGCGGCUGUGACCUUCGCCACCUGUGCCUUAGGCCGCAUGCCUUGGAAGAAGUUUCCUGUAUAUGUGCUGGGUCAGUUUCUGGGCUCCUUCAUGGCUGCUGUCACCAUCUAUGGCCUCUUCUACUCGACCAUUAUCCACUACUCCGGCAACCUUCUGACAGUGACUGGUCCCACAGCCACUGCUGGCAUUUUUGCCACUUACCUUCCUGAGCACAUGAUGUUGUGGAGGGGCUUCCUGGACGAGAUGUUUGUGACAGGGAUGCUUCAGCUGUGUCUCUUCGCCAUCACGGACAAGGACAACAAUCCAGCACUGCAAGGGACGGAGGCUCUGGUGGUCGGCAUCCUCAUUGUCACCAUCGGAGCAUCCCUAGGCAUGAAUACCGGAUAUGCUAUGAACCCAUCCCGGGACCUGCCUCCUCGCUUCUUCACUUUCAUAGCCGGCUGGGGCAAACAGGUGUUCAGCGCUGGAGACAACUGGUGGUGGGUACCAGUGGUGGCACCACUCCUAGGUGCCUACCUAGGUGGUAUCAUCUAUGUCAUCUUCAUUGGCUCCAGCAUCCCAAGGAAGCCCCAGAGAUUGGAGAACUCCAUGGUGUGUGAAGACCACAGGAUAACUGUAUUGCCCAAGACCAGCCCAUCCAUGACCUCCCCCAUCGCCCCUUCAAUUCAGCCUGCUCCACCCUUAAGUGGCUCCAUGCUUUUAGAGCAGUUCUAAGUCGAGACUAUUUUCCCAACCCUACUCUAAUGAAGAAAGCCUUGUCCCACAGUGGUACCCUCACUUUUUGGGGCCUCCUGUGAUUGGGCUUCCUUCCUGGGACUUCCAGCAGCUCCAGGUUUAUGCCUUAACUCAAGGCUGGAGCAUAGAGCUGAGAGGCCUCAUUUCUUCAGGCCAGGAUCUGGGGUGUUCCCUGAGGGAGAAUUGGGAAGAACUGACCUGUGACCUCAGGGUGAGAUGAAAGGCAUAGAGGCCUCGGAAGUGGGUAAUUUGAAGUAAGGCCCAGAGCUAGCUGAUGAGGGACAACUUUGGGCAUAUUUUGAGGAUACCUUGUGAUAGGAUUCUAGACUUUAUCUGUUUGUUCCUUCUAGCCAUGAUCAGUUCUUGGACCAGACAAGACAAGACCAAGAGUACAGAUCAGAAUUUCUCAACAUUUUUUUCAUUAGUGCCUUCAGCAUUCUUUUAAAUAUUCUUUAUUAAUUUCAUAUUUUAAUACCACAGGUAUAUUAAAACUAUGUUUAUGUACUCUAUCUGUGCUUCAUACAUAAAAAUGAGAUUCUUUUUCACCCUUGUUCCAAGAAUCAAUUUUCUUUCCCUUGGAGAUGUUUGGUAUGGACUGAAAGCUAGUAAGUGAUUGGAAUUGUCUUCCUCCUUCCUGACAUUAGAGCUCUCAUACAUGAAGGAAUUCCAGAGUUGGGAGGGAAGUUGCAAUGAGAGAACUCUUUCAGAUCAGUAAAAAGGCAAGAAAAAGUCUCACAGAGCUCACAGGAAACAGGCUCAGAGGCUGGAUGGCAGCUUGGGAGCCAGGACCUGUUGAUGGUGGGGCCAGGCAGGAACCUUCCUACUUUCUGGGAUGUGGAGGGCAGCAUCACCUGUGGUUCUUGUUGUCAUUCAUACGUUUAGCAUUUACAUGUACAGACCCUGCCUGGUCACUGGGAAUGCCUCAUGAAUAAGGCUGGGUCUCUACCAUUGAGAAUGCAGUUUAAUGGGGGAUAGGUACUCAUGAAGAAGAAGCUAAGAGGUAGAGAGUAGGAUGUUUAGAGCUCAGAGGUCUUAUAGCCAGCCUCUGGUCUUCCAAGAGGAGGAAACAGAGUGGAGUGGGGACUAAGGAUGUCCUUUCUGGGGCUGAAAGCCACAUUUGACAGUUUGAUGGAACAGGAGGCAGAGGCUGGUCUUCCUUCUGGUGGGGGAAUGGUGAGAUGAUUCAGAAAGCCCACCUGAGUUGAGUGUGCAGGAUGCAGGCAGUGGGGGAAGAUAGGUCUAUAGAGAACAUGUAAAGAGACAAUAAUCCAGAAGGAGCAGCAGGGUACCUACUGGGUCAGCACUGUGGGUGGAGAGGAGUGAUGGGAUUUGAUCAAUGCCUAGGAGAUACAACUGGCAGGACUUGGUUUGGAUGAAGGAAUGAGUGAGGGACAGGGAGGAGUCAGUGAUGAUUUCCAGAUUCUGACUUGGGUGUGGGGGGUUGGUAAUGUCACCAAUGAAAACAGAGCACAAGGGAGGACUGAUUUGGAAAGGAAGUAAGUUACAUCACAUAUAUUUGAGUUUGAGUUGCCUAUGGCCCUUGCAGGGUGUGUGGGUGAAAGGUGUGUGAUAUCUUGGGCAAAUUACUCAAUCUCUCUGGGUCUUGAUCUUAUUUGUAAAUGGGGACAAGAGUAUCAUUUACCAUUUGUGUUGCUGUGAAUACUAAAUGUGAUAAUACAUGUAAAAUGCUGAAAACAGUGCCUGGCACAGAG